AUGUCUUCAGUUUCUCCACUCUACAAUGAUAACGUAUUACCUCAACACCUUCAACAACAACAACAGCUUACAAUGCAAUCAAUGCCUCCUCCUCCGUAUCCGAUUGCAGGUGCUACGACAACAACAUUGACGACCACUGCAGUAACCUUUGUAGAAUUGGAAAAUCAAAUUGCUGCCAACGAUCAAAAAGCGGAAACAUGGGCUCAACCCCAUAAAAAAGAAGAACAACAACAAGGAGAUUCAUUCAAAUCCUCCAACGCCAGUUCAGACAGCGACUCAAAAAGCGAUGAAGAGGAAAAAGAUGGAAAGAAAAAGAAGAAGAAGAAAAAGUUCAAGAAAAAGGCUAAAGCAUGCUUGGAUAAAGCCAUUGACAUGCUUGAUGCCUUUGGAGAAAGUAUCGAUGGACCAGGAAUUCGAAAAAAAACCUUUGUUGGAGCCAUCCUUACAACGAUCAUGAGAAUUUGUGUUCUUAUAUUGAUCGCCUACAAAUUAUACUUGUUGAUCAUUGAUAAUAGAACUCAAACUUCAGGAAAUGUUGUGGCCCUCAACUAUGUAAAAUCAUCCAAUGUCAAGUAUAUGGACGUACCCACACUGCAAAUGACCAUUCGAAAGAACAUUACAUUCUACGAGGGAAAGGAAUAUGGACCUUCGUUGCAGCGUAUUGACAUUAACGACAACUUUGGAUAUGAAAAACCCUUCUCGACACGCAGGCUCAAGAGUGAAGUCAAUGAUGUUGUACCUGUCACAAAGGCACUUCAAGGAAAAGCCAAUCUCAAGCUUGGAAGUUUUGAAUCUUCCAUCACUCCUCCAUUUACCUCUGUCGAUGUUGAGCGAGCUGCUAAUUUUUCUCAAACCUUAUUCACCACCGAACAAAAGAGCUUGUCUCUCAUGUCCUCGAGAGUGAGUGAUCCCUUAAAGAUCCUCUAUCUGUUGAACGGUGUCUAUGACUCGGGAGAUUCGCAAUUCUAUAAUCAUAGUGUUCAUUUGUUCUUGAGAUUCAUCGAUGAUAUGAGUCAUAUCAAACCAUGUCAAAUACAAAUUGGUCUCAUCAAUGGUGGAAUUUUAAAUUUGAUACAAGAGACUGGACCUGACUUGAAAACGUACAUUAAGAAGGAAUAUCAAUCACAUGUUGACACAUACUUUGCCACGAGUAAUAGUACUUGGCAAGUUCCCCUUACACGUUAUUCAGGUAGUGGAACUACGAGCGAAAUUUCAAGUGAAGGUAUUAAUUACAACCUGUUUUACCUCACCCAAGAGUUUAACUCUGACAAAUUGUACAACUUCCUAUCGAAAAAAUCUGUUAAUGGUGUGUCCCUAGACGUCUCCAAAUUGUUCGUACAGAAAGGUAUGAAAACAUCUUCAUUCUUGGAGUGGGCAUUUCUGAUGAGUUAUGUCAAUAACUUUGUUCAUACUGAAAACACAAUUCAAUGUGACGAGUAUGAGAGUGAAGUUCGUGACGUUUCCUCAAUCUACAGCUCUCCACCUAAAAAUCUUAAAGAUUGGGUAUUUCCGUAUGAUGUGAAAAUUUUAGCGGACUUGGUCAAUGAUACAGCAACCACGUUUUAUGCUCUGGUACCAAGCACUUUUGCUCCAUCCUCAAGCAAAUUUAGCUUGAUCAUACUCGGAGUAACUGGAUUGUCAGAAAUUGUACGAGUGACCUCUUAUGAAAUGCCAACAAGUAGGAACAAUGCAAAGGUCUAUUGCAAAUUCACUGUCGAAAGAAAAUCUCCCAAAGACUUUAAAAAACUAGAAUCUCAAGGUAAUACCUUCACCGACACGGUCAUUAAUUACAAGUCAGUUUCCACACCUGCCACGUUGCCUCCUGAUUGGAUGGCAAAGGGUUUUUGGAAAUGUCCUCCCCAAAAAUAUGGUGAUGGAUUUUGUGAUUGUGAGUGCGGGUUUGUGAAUGCAACUGUCACAGCUCGAGAUAUUGAUUGCAACAAUCUUCUUCCAACGUUAUUUAGCAGUUCUAACUUUGUUAACAAGUACCAAAAUACUUCCUGUGCAGCGAAGGGUAAGUUUUGUUCAAGUGCUGGCACAUGCAUUUCUGCACCAAACUUGAGGUCUUCAAAACCUUGCUACACCAAAGCAUCAUAUUUGGGAGAAAAGCAAGUCAUUGGAUUUUUUGGAUCUGAUAGUGACUUUGAAAAUGCUGGUGGGUCAUCCAUUUGCACUCAAUGCAUUGGUGACACUUUUUAUGAUGAGAAAGCUCACCUCUCGUAUGAACACAACAAAUUCAUUUGUCAGGCGUCACCUGUGGGAUAUAUUUUCGGAAGAGAUUUCUUUUCAGAUAUUCUUUCAUCCACAGGUCACAUUGGCAAUUGGACAAAUCCUCCAGAAAAUCUUUCUCCCAAAUGUGUGUAUGUACCUGUACGAGUGAAAGUAGGUCAUCCUGAAUUUCCUCAAAUCCCAGACGAUGGAACCUACUAUGAUGUAUCUGUUGGUGAUAACAAUAGUGACCAAUAUGUUCAAACUCUCUACUUGACUACGGUUGGAACCACCAAAAGAACCACAAAAACAUUAACCCCAGACGGUGAGCUUGUUGGUCAAUCCCAAUACGACAUUCAAACACUGUGUUUGACCAAUGAAGACUUGCAAUUUAAAGAAAUGGCAGGAUUUGGCCUUAUUGUCUCCAGCGUUUCUCCAUACUCAUCUGUGAUUUUAGUAGAGGCACGUUCACUCAACACAAAUGAUCCAAGCCACGCGUUGGACUUCAUUGGAAAGUUCCCCAGCACAGGUUCAUUCAAAGUUCAAUUCUAUGCUGGAUCCUCAUACUCGGAUGGUAUUUACGACUCGUACACAAAACAGCCUGUCAUGCUAGAUGUACAAGGUGUAACAGAGUUAAACUCUUUUCAAGUUCUGCAACUUCGAGCACCUCCUUCCUUCUCUAUUGGUUUGGCAUUCGAACUCAAGAGUUUUAACAAUCCAGCUCGAACCAAUAUUACUGUUCAACAAUUUCCACUUGGUGACGAUUUAUCAGGGACCGAUAUUGUCAAAAUGGUUCAACUGUACAAGCAAGAUCCUGUUCAUGUGCAACGACCAAAAAUUCUCAUUCGACCAGGUGUGAAUGAAUACAGCUAUGUUCAACAUGUGGAAGUCGACGAUUUACAAGUUGUUAGCACAUUACCACUGACCUAUCGUUUAAAGUUGACUACACCCGUUUCACCUGACUUUAGUGAAAACUCAUUGGUAGAAUGUGUCUUGGAAAUGACCAUUGGAACAGUGCUUGUACCAAUUUCAUUAUCUUCUUCAUAUGCUCGAAAAGCGUUCAUGCCAUCAGAGAGUUACGCUCAAGGAAUUCCAACACCUGAUUCAAUCAAUGUGGAAUACUCCAUGUAUAUUGUUCCAGAAAAGAAGAAGUUCCCCAAUGUUGAUUACCGUGACGAUGAAAUUCAACAAUCAUCUCAGCUGCCAUCAACAUCGCUUAAUUUAUGUCCACGUGAAUACCCUUACGAGACUCAAACCAUUUUGAAUAAUCAAGAUCCUGUCUGGACUGCUUUCACAAUCAAUCCUACACGUGGAUAUCAAGUACAGAAUUGUUCUCUUCAAGUUUGGACCGAUUCCAUGGUUGAGAAGAAUUGUAUCCAUGUUAGCAAUAGCCCCAAAAAUCAAUAUAAUAACAACUGCAUCAAGGAAAUGCCUCCAACCUACUCGCUCACAUACAAUCAUGUUAUUCAGUUGAAUAACAAGUGGCAGAACUUUAGCUCAGCUAAUGCAGUAGAUGCAGCAACAGGAGGUGCCAAUAGACCCGAGUAUGAAUAUAACUUCAAACAUGUGUUCUUUUUCCAACAUGAUGAAUAUUCGAAUGCAGUAGAUGCCAAGUUUGCAGGAAGCUCUCCAAGCAAAGGUGAUACCACACAAUACAAUGACAAGCUCUUCUUCAAUGGAAAAUUGAAUUAUAUUGGCAAGUCUAAAGAUCCAUUCCUUCCUGCCAACGAUCCAAUGUUAGACAUGGAUGCAACGAUUGACUUGUCUCCAUUUUUUGUGGAAGAUGUCCUCAAUAACUCUCAAAAUCUAAUGGUAAACUAUGGUAUUGACCUCAUUGAGGAAAGUGGCACUUGGAGACUCGUCCAGUCACCAACUAGGAAAAACGUUGAAGCUUUUGGAAAAUCAAUAUUUAGAAAUUUGAAUAUUCGAUGGGAUUUCUCUACCAUGGAAAAAGGUUCUCCCAAUAAUAAGCUUGCUCUCACUCCAGGUAUUCAGUAUAACCUGCAGGCCACGUUAAAGAUUACCACAGUCUACUCUAAGGGUGUGUUUGGCAAUGCUGAUAUCACAAAUGUUCAAGUUUUCGUGCAGUCUACAUCUGUCUCUAAAUCCACUCUCGAUUAUGUGAAUAGAAACAAGUGCAUUUUGAAUUAUGUGAUCCAAUUUGACCUUGCCCAAAGCCGUCAAGUCGUGAUGGCAUCCGAUUAUACAUUUUUGGCCUUCUUCACUGAUGUUGGUGGUGCGUUGGGUAUAAUGGCCAUUGGUGAAUUGCUUGUUGAGUUAUGGCAAUCAUAUAUUUCACAACCAGAAAUGUUCAUUAAGGAAGCCAUGGAAGAGGACAAGGAGAGAAGAAGAGUGCAAAAGAAGCUCAAAAAGAAAGGAUUCUGGGCCAGAUGGCUUCCAAUGACAGAUAGAAAUACUAUCGAAGUCGAGGAUGUCGUGAAAGCUGUCACUACCAUUCCAAUGAAUUAA